UUUAUUGUUUGCUAAAAUAAACGUUUUUGUUGAACGCUGGACUUGUUAUCUGUGUUUAAGUCUGCCAGUAACGUUACCACUCUGUUGUUAAUAGAAUAAGAGGAAAAACGAAACGAAAGCGCUCGAUGAGACGAUUGCAGAACUUAUGCGUAUUAUUUUAGGUUAUAUAACUGGCUUUUAAAGAUUAGUUCCGUUUGAACGAGACAGACGCAACACUUAUUGAGUCCAGAUACAACAAAACGCAAAAUCGAUUUUUUGGCAACUUGACUUGAAUAUUACUAUAUGAUUGGCAGCUCUUAAGAAUGCCUUCUAUGUACAGCGUUGCCCGUACUGUUCUGUUAGCUCUAAAAUGGAAAAGACAUCCAACGGUCGUCGCCCCAUUGAUUAGAAAUCACCACACCAGGUUGCAAGAUGUGAAUAGGAGAUAUUCUAUGCAUUCAGUAGCACGUACUGUUAUGAUGGCUUUGCGAUGGAGAAACCAUCAGACCGCUGUGUUGGCAAACCAUAAUCUUACCAGCAUGCGAAGCACGUCCUUGACAGUAACGUAUGCGUUAAGAUGGCUAAACAUCAGUCGACAACACGUUGCUUCACGUCGGGAAGAACGAUGGAGGCAAUUCCACUUCAUGGGAAUUUUAGUCACUUUCUGCCGCAGGUGGAUAAACUAUCACCGAAGGCUUCUUACAAAUCCAACUGGAGAUGUAAUUCCAACAUCUUCUGCUAUCGCAGAAAGACUACCGGUAAUGUGCAGACUAUUGAACUGCGUGAGAUGUUUGAGAGACGUUGCCAAUGUUGGAUUUGUUACUUGCAAGUCUAUUCAUCCGCCGCUCCUCUGUCACAACUGUGAGAUUUCAGAACAGUCUUGUGCUUGCUGCCCACGGGAACGACCAUUGAACGCCAUAUCUAUUGUAACUGGCCACGACAUUUUGAGGUCGUCCGUCUUGGUUUCAGUCCUACUGAAUUGUGUUGAAUGCCGGACUCGAAUAGCUACUGUUCCGUUCCCUUUCUGCACUCAUCCACCUCUACUCUGCAGACUGUGCCAGCUGAUGAAUAAUUUGAUGCGGUGUCCGUAUUGUCGUAGAUGAUAUAAAGUACUCUGAUGACGACUACUUAAAGUGCGAGUGGUAUGGUUUGUGAGCAAACAUUAUACGCGAAAAACUGACUGUAAUAAGGUGUGAAUGCACCAACAAAUACUGCUAUCACAAAUUUCAUCAGGUAAAGCGACUGAUAUUACUCUGUACUGCUAUUUUAUUAGGCUGCCCUACAUGCGAAUACCUACAGACUUAAAAGUCACCUUAAGGCACGAAUACACACGGGUCAUGGGUCACUAUAAUACACUGGUUUGGAAUACGGUUCUUGAGAUAAAUUGAAUUCGAUGAUAUUUUCGAGGAUACGUAUGGAACCUUAAGCAAAUAGUUUAAAUAAGCUUUGAACGUCUGGUUCGUACUGAAAUUGAUUGUUCGCGCACACUGUUAUCUCACAAUGACUCCAACCGAUUUGGAUGAAUGUACCGACGAAAGACCGAAUAGUCGCUGACUCUCACUAAUUUGUAUCAGGAAAGCGACUGCAUGAGGAAUUCCGUGUUUUUAUAAUUACCAAUAUUUUUAUUAAACCCAAUUAUUACUUUUGUACUAGCCACUUUCUUAAGAUAGACUUGCAUCUUCUUGAGCGGUUGGAUCGCAGUGUUUCUUUUGAGUUCUUAAUUAUUUUAAAAUUUUAAUAGGCAACUUAGUAAAAUACCAUCCUACAUUUUAUAUCUGAUAGCUUACCUUUUAAACUAAUGAAGAUAUAUCAACAUGCUCAACAUUACGACAGGCACAUUAUGUAAAUUUUGUGUUAAUAUUUUUUUAGGAGCCAUUAAUCAUAUUAUUGCUUUAUUUAUUUUAAAGACACAGCAGAUCUGAUUCUGAAUGCUCCUGGCGAGUAACUAGCUUCGCACAAUUUCAACGUACAUUAUAUUUUUUUUAUUUUUACAUUUUUACGAAAUUUAAAUAUGUACCUAAUAUUUUGUGUAAUGGCUUUUAAAUUACCUUUCACCGUUUAAUUAAUACAUGAUAUAAUUAUUAUUUUGUACUAUUUUAUUUUAAAAAGUCGAAAAAUUAAUAAAGGAAAUAACGACUAUGAAUAUAGUUCGUGCUUCCAUAAUACUGUUUAUUUAUGGCCUCAUUACAGGCCGUAGAUAAAUCGGGUAUUAUAUCAGUCAAUGGGAAAUACUUCAGCAAAAUGCGACGUCGUAACAAGGCAUAUGACGCCAUAAUAUCAUUUUAUUUCGCGACGUGGCUAAUGGAAUUUUAGUUAUGAUGGGUGUGGCGUAACAAAUAAUAUCCCUUUGUGUAGGAUUUGUCUUUCAAUUGUUAUAUGUCUUGUUCAUGUUUGUGCACACUAAUACUGUCUAUCACUAAUAUUGUCUUUCAAUAAAGGUG